CGUUUGUAUUUUGACGUCAACAAAAAUAUAUUUUGUUUACAUUAAAAACAUUUACUUUUUCGAAUACCCUUGAUUUUAAAUGUUGACCCCAUGUUUUAAUAUCGAAAAAAUAUGCUCUGGAAGCCAUAGCAAAAUUUGUGAUACUAUUCAUGAACAUUCAGAUUUUGAAGUAUCAACAGUAAGCACUGAUCAUGGCUAUUCUUCAUAGAGCGCUAUUUACAUGGUUCAUAUUAUUAGUAUUUCUUAUACUACUUUGUCUACGUCUCGAAUCAAGAACACACUGGAAUUGGUUCAUUGUUUUUAUUCCUAUGUGGGUGUAUGAUAGCAUUCUAUUGAUAUAUGUUAUAUUCCACAUGGUUUCCCACUGCAGAAAUGGACUAGAAAGGUUUCGCGGGACUAUAAACAAAAAUGUAUGGUAUAUUGCUGCUAUAGGACUGAAAAUGGCAGCUCAAAUUAUAAUUUGCAUUAAACUAGAAUACACUAAAGUAAACCUCCCAAUUUAUGUUGUUAUGACUCCAAUUUGGAUGUUACUGCCAGUUUUGUGUGUGGAAGUUUUUAUGCACCUUAUAAAAAAUUCGAGCAGAAGUAGAUAUUGAAUAUUUGU